GCCGGUCGCGCGGGGGGAACGCGACCAAAUUUGGCCUGUUCCUGUGUGCCGAGCAACCCGAGGAUGGCGCGCCCGUCCCGCGUUUGGGAGCGUGUGCUCGCGGUGCUUCUCAGCCGCCGAAGCUGGGCAACCUUAACUGCGGCGAGCACUUCGAGCACUAAGACAGCAAGGCUCCCCAGGAUGGAGUACCAGGACGCCGUGUGCGCGCUAAACACGCUGCAGACCAACGCCAGUGCUCUGGAGCAAGUGCGUCGCGAGCGCGGACACCCCCAGCUUCAGCUGCAGGCCAUGAGGGGCUUCCUCAAGCGCUCGGGCUUGGAGGUGGAGGAGCUGGACAGCCUGAACAUCAUCCACGUUACUGGCACAAAGGGCAAGGGAUCCACAUGUGCAUUCACUGAACGCAUUCUUAAGAAUUAUGGCUUCCGCACUGGAUUCUACAGCUCCCCACACCUGGUGCAGGUCCGGGAGAGGAUUCGGAUUAACGGCCAGCCAAUCAGCAAAGAGCUCUUCACCAAGUACUUCUGGCAGGUGUACGGGAGGCUGGACGAGACAAAGGAUGCCCACGGGGGGAGCAUGCCAGCCUACUUCCGAUUCCUCACCAUCUUAGCCUUCCACGUCUUCUUGCAGGAGAAAGUGGAUCUAGCCGUGAUCGAGGUUGGCAUCGGGGGUGCCUAUGAUUGCACAAACAUAAUCAGGAAGCCUUGGGUGUGUGGAGUCUCAUCCUUGGGAAUUGAUCACACAAGCAUCCUGGGAGACACCAUUGAGAAGAUAGCCUGGCAGAAAGGGGGGAUCUUUAAGCCAGGUGUCCCAGCAUUCACAGUGAAGCAGCCUGAUGGGCCCAUGGCUGUACUGCAGGACAGGGCCAUGGAAAUUGGGUGCUCGCUCAGCAUGUGCCCUGACCUGGAGGAGUACCAGCCAGAGGUGGGCCCCCUGCGUCUGGGCUUGGCAGGCAGGCAUCAGCGUUCCAACGCCUCCCUCGCCCUCCAGCUCAGCCGCUGCUGGCUACAGCAGCGCUGCCAGACUGGUCACCUGCAGCCCUCGCCUCCUGUAGAGAACGGCAGCAUCUCCCAGGCUUCGUCUUUCCAGCCCAGCACCUUCAUGGUCAAGGGGCUGGAGGACACGGAGUGGCCUGGCCGCACACAGACCCUGCAGCAUGGGCCGCUCACUUACUUUCUGGAUGGGGCUCACACCACGCGCAGCAUCCUGGCCUGCGUGGACUGGUUCCGUGAGGCCGCCGCCCAGCAGGAGUGUGCUGCCGGGGGGCCCGUUAUCAGGGUGUUGCUGUUCAACACCUCAGGAGAACGGGACUCGGGCGCCCUGCUCAAAAUUCUUGUGUCGUGCCACUUCGAUCUCGCUGUGUUCUGUCCCAACAUCACGGAGGCUGCCGCAUCCAGCAGUGCAGACCAGCAGAAUUUCAAUGUGACACUGGAAGGCAUGCUGACCCGUUGCCUCGACAACCAGAGAAGCUGGAGGAGUCUGGUGAGGCAGGAUGCCAGGCCGGGUACAGAGUUUCUCAUUCCUGGAGGGCUCCCCCUAGUGGUGGAGAGGAAGAUGGCCUCCGCCUUGGUGUUCCCCUGCAUCCUCAGUGCCCUCCGGUGGAUCGCCCAGGGCAGGGACCCUGUGCUGGUCAGCUCCAGCCAGCCAACCUCCAUGGUGCCGGCCAAUGCAGCGGAGAAGGCGGAACCUUUGCGCGAGGCGGCCGCUGUCCAUGUACUCAUUACCGGCAGUCUGCACCUGGUGGGCGGGGCUUUGAAGCACCUGGACCCCUCCUCCGCUGCCUAGCAGUGGUUCCCCAAGCUCCGCCCCCCCUCACUGAGGACCUGAGCAUGGGUGUGACCCGUGGCCUGUGUUUGCUCCAUCUUCUGUCUCACCGAGUGCCUUAAAGUACAACAGACUGGGUUUCAGGCCCAGCUUUUAUACUUGAAGUGAUAAUUGUUUACAAACACUAUGGAGAUGUGGUCCGCCUGGUUCUUCUGUGUCUGUUUAUGUAUAUAAGAAGUAUACAUGUACAAAGUGUUUUUUUCCCUCACCAGGGAGCAGGUGGAGAGACUGUAAAAGCUGGCGGUUCAAAUCCUAGAUGUAGUGACCUGUAAUAUUGAGAUACAGGUUGAGUGAAUUUUCACUGGUUAUUUGACAUGGAAUGUCAAAGCUGAAGGUGUGCUUUACUUCUGAUUAAAGUAUUUCGGACAGAAAUAAUUUAAUACCACAAAAGGCCCUUUGGAGGACUGCUCAAUAGCAUAAACCUACCAAAACGUUUAUCUUUACCAGCAGUGCCUGAAAAAAAAAUCUUUUCUUCUUUUAUUCUAUUAUUCUUUUAUACUGUCCUGUAUGUCUUGUGAUUGUGCCUAGCUGGACACAGGAAGCAGCAUUAAAAGGUUCAAUUAAUAUUCUAAAGCGCCCUUCCUGAUAACAUUGAGAACACUUUACAUACACCUAUAUACCCGUGAAGCACACUGUGCAAGUAGAAAAUACCAGAUGGGGGCAGUAGAGCACAAUUAUCCAGCUGUAUCUACUGCAGUUGUCGGCCUUCCUGGCUGUGGCUUGCUGUCACCCUGAGCAAAUCCUGAAGACUAAGGGUUUAUUUUACAGUCUGUCAUAUAUUGAAGGCACUGGGAUGGCCAGAGGGAAGCAGGGGAGAGCAAAUUCCAGGGGCAUAGGGACAGGCAAGAAAGGUUAAAUAUCUUGGUGUUAUUUCAUUAGCUGCUUUGUCAUUUAUUUUGACAUCAUGGUAUAUUUGUUGUCCGGUGUUGGUGACAUGUACCGAUUUACUGUGUUUAGCAUCGUUUUAUCUAUUUACAUAUCCUCUGUCUUUGUACCAAAUAGAGUAGCCAAACUCAAACUAACAUGCAGCUUCCUUGUCUAGUUUUAAUGGUGGUUCUCGAGUUUGAAGUGGGACUGUAGGCCACAGUUGGGCUGCUCUGGUCCUCAGAGGGCUGCUGCUUCUUGACUGGAAGAAAUCUGGCAGGUGUGAGCUUGCCAUCCACCUAUGCAAUAUAGUCUUAAAUGAGAUCUGAACCUCAAUUGUACAUUGUUUGGUAUAUAAUGCAAAAUGCAUUCAAGUAGUUGAAAAUCACAUGAUUUGAUGGCAAGCUGAGGAUUCUUCUAAAGGAAUCACUCAUUCUUUAAACUCCUGCAUUUCUGAAUCUUUUCUAAUAGUGGCUACAUUUAGUGAAUAGACAGCAGACUUUAAGACUCACAAUUUUGACUUUAAUUAAAUGAGAAGUUUGUUUUCUCAGUUGGCUUCUGUACCACACAUAUAUGCUGUUAUUUAAUGACUUGCUUGCUUCUCAAACCUGUAAAUCUGUGUGCAACUUGGUAAUGCUAAAUGUUCUAACAUUUUAACUGUUUAACAUUUGAAAUGACCCCCUCCCCCCAUACACACAUUUCAUAUUUAUUAUUAUUCUUAGCAACAGCAGCACUUAAGUAUUGUGAUCAAUUGUUGUCGUGAAAAUAUUUUUUUUUAACUUAAUUCUUUAUAUCCCCAGCACAUUAUUUGACUAAAUAUGAUUAACUUUGAUUAAGCUACCUUGAAAAAUGUUGUGACCAUUUUAUAUUCACCUUGUAUACCUGCAGCGAUAUUGAUUCCAUGUGCUGGUGGUGUGUGGCUCAGAAGGCUAGGUCACCAUUCAUGUGAAUGAAAGAUUCCUUGCUCAAAUCCCAGGGUUGGUAGGAUAAUUUGACUGUGGAACCCUUAACCUCCAAUGGCUAUAGGAACUGCCUGCCACUACUGUCUCAAAAAUAUAUGUCGCACUGGAUAAAAACUACUGCUAAAUAAACCCUAAUAUAAAUCCUCA